AUGGCGCAGACAUCUAACCAGCGCUUGUUGCACAGUCGUUUAGCAGACUGCAAUUCCAGCUCAUGUUCCGAUGGAUGGCGCGGAGGUCGGACGCUGCUUCUACUUGCAACGCUUGCAGCGCCAAAGUCUCACAGAUUUGACCGCUCCAAUGCAGUUCGGACCUAUCCGGCAAGUGAUGCCGAGGAUGCAGCCCAAGGAUUGUGCGUCACUAGCAUCAUCCAUCCUGGUCACAACUCCAUGAAUCACCAAGCAGUAUUUCUCAGCAGGAAUAGCUUGGCCAUAAGUGAGGCGAAUGCGUUAUUCAGGCAGCACUUGGGACUUGGCUGGCCUUUUAUUGAAGCAACAUAG